CCCGGGAGCGGGCUGCGGGCAGCGCGGGCGCCGGCGGGCGAGGAGCGGGUGGCGGUGACAGGCGGCGCGAGCUGGCCCCCCCUCCCCCGCGCGGCGCGCCGCAGGCCCCACCAUGGAGCCCGCCGUGUCGCUGGCCGUGUGCGCGCUGCUCUUCCUGCUCUGGGUCCGCGUGAAGGGGCUGGAGUUCGUGCUCAUCCACCAGCGCUGGGUGUUCGUGUGCCUCUUCCUCCUGCCGCUCUCGCUCAUCUUCGACAUCUACUACUACGUGCGCGCCUGGGUGGUGUUCAAGCUCAGCAGCGCGCCGCGGCUGCACGGGCAGCGUGUGCGGGACAUCCAGAAGCAGGUGCGGGAAUGGAAGGAGCAGGGCAGCAAGACUUUCAUGUGCACAGGACGCCCCGGCUGGCUCACCGUCUCGCUGCGGGUCGGGAAGUACAAGAAAACCCACAAAAACAUCAUGAUCAACCUGAUGGACAUUCUGGAGGUGGACACCGAGAAGCAGAUUGUCCGUGUGGAACCCUUGGUGACCAUGGGUCAGGUGACCGCCCUGCUGACCUCCCUUGGCUGGACCCUGCCGGUGUUGCCCGAGCUCGAUGACCUCACAGUGGGAGGCUUGAUCAUGGGCACGGGCAUUGAGUCAUCAUCUCACAAGUACGGCCUGUUUCAACACAUCUGCACUGCCUACGAGCUGGUCCUAGCCGACGGCAGCUUUGUGCGGUGCACACCGGCGGAAAACUCGGACCUGUUCUACGCCGUGCCGUGGUCCUGCGGGACCCUGGGCUUCCUGGUGGCAGCCGAGAUCCGCAUCAUCCCGGCCAAGAAGUACGUCAAGCUGAGGUUCGAGCCCGUGCGGGGCCUGGAGGCUAUCUGUGACAAGUUCACCCGCGAGUCCCAGCGGCCGGAGAACCACUUCGUGGAAGGAUUGCUCUACUCCCUCGAUGAGGCCGUCAUCAUGACAGGGGUCAUGACAGACGAGGCCGAGCUCAGCAAGCUGAAUAGCAUUGGCAACUACUACAAGCCCUGGUUCUUCAAGCACGUGGAGAACUACCUGAAGACAAACAAGGAGGGCCUGGAGUACAUCCCCCUGAGGCAAUAUUACCACCGCCACACGCGCAGCAUCUUCUGGGAGCUCCAGGACAUCAUCCCCUUCGGCAACAACCCCAUCUUCCGCUACCUCUUCGGUUGGAUGGUGCCUCCCAAGAUCUCCCUCCUGAAGCUGACCCAGGGAGAGACGCUGCGCAAGCUGUAUGAGCAGCACCACGUGGUGCAGGACAUGCUGGUGCCCAUGAAGUGCCUGUCGCAGGCCGUGUACACCUUCCACAAUGAUAUCCACGUCUACCCCAUCUGGCUGUGCCCGUUUAUCCUGCCCAGCCAGCCGGGCCUGGUGCACCCCAAGGGAGAUGAGGCAGAGCUCUAUGUGGACAUUGGAGCGUAUGGGGAGCCGCGGGUGAAGCACUUUGAAGCCAGGUCCUGCAUGCGGCAGUUGGAGAAGUUCGUGCGGAGCAUGCAUGGGUUCCAGAUGCUGUACGCCGACUGCUACAUGAGCCGGGAGGAGUUCUGGGAGAUGUUCGACGGCUCGCUGUACCACAGGCUGCGGGAGCGGCUGGGGUGCCAGGACGCCUUCCCCGAGGUGUACGACAAGAUCUGCAAGGCCGCCAGGCACUGAGCAGGGUGGCCCCCGCCCCCCAGGUGCAGGAGGCGACUUCUCUUACCUCAAGCUUGGCUGCUCUCCCAGAUCCACACUUCCAGAGAGAAUCACCCCUCCCCCCGCCCCCAGAAAUCUCACCCAGGCCACCCCUGGGCUCCCAGGGGCAGCCGACGGGAGUGCAAAGGGCGUGGGCUCUGGAGUCAGACAUACCUGAGUCCAGUUCCCAUUUCAGGCACUCAUGAGCUGUGUGACUCUGGGCAAGUCACUCGACCCCUCUGAACCUAGCUCUUCAUCUAUUGAAAGGGGGUAACAGUACCCGCCUGCAGGCCCCUGUCCUCCAGGCCGAACGCCUGUCUCACCGGAGGUGCAGAAUACGUGUAGCUGUGGUUGCUACAGCUCCCCAUUCAGCACCUCUGACCGGGGGGCUCCGGAUUGAGCGCCGAGUUCAGGAAGGCUCUGUGUGAGGUCAUCCCGGCACAGGUGUGGCUGGAAGGGUGAAGGGGGUGCAUCAGAGCUGGUCAGCCAGAAGCACCCCCUGUGGAGAGAGGAAGGCUCCUCUCUAUCCCUGCAGUCCUGGGAGGGCAACAGAUGGGGCGGGCAGGCCCAAGAUGUGCUGUGCCAAAGGUCCCAUCCAAAGUUCCCCUGCCCCUUCCUCCUUCCGGCGCAGGCUUGCAGGCCCCCCCCAGCCAUCACCCACGCCUCAGAGAGGACCUUGUCCUCGGAGCAGACGCUCCAGUGCUGCUCCUGUCCUAGCCCGGGUGGAGUGAGGGGCUCGUGCUCUGACCUGGGUCCGGAGGUCCUGGGCCCACCCUCGGCUCCUUGACCCCCCCAUGCCUCAUCUGGUCCUCAGAGUGUGCCUAGUCACAGCGGGGGUGCGUCCACACGCGGUGGCACGCGGUGGGGGGCCGGGGGAUCCACCAAGCAGGAAAAUGGGGGACUCGGUGAGGAUGCUCACUGUGGGGCCGGAAGGAAAGACCAUCAACUUGAUUUCUCCAACCACUCAUCCCAGCCCCCUUCGUUCUCCCCCACCCACAGCUAUAGUUAAUUUCAGUGCCUUACCAAUCCUAAGCUCAGAGAAAAUUCGCUCCCUUUCCCUUCCAGAAGGAAGCGAGCCUCCCCAGGGCCUUCCCAACUCAUUAAAGUUUGAUCGUUUAUGCAGCUCAGUCUGAAGAACUGCCCGGCCUCAGCUGAGGACCCAGACUUCGAGAAGGAAGUGUGUCGUGGGGGGCUGGGGUUACGCCAGCUGUGCCAGCCAGUGGCAUGCUGAGAGCCCUGCCCUGAGAGGCAGGAGCUGGCUUUCAGUCCCGCUCCCUUGCCAGCAAGCCUUGCGAUUGCGGGCAGGUCAUUUAGGCCUCGGAGCUGCAGCCCCUCGUCUACCCUAUCGGUGCAGCCAAGACCUCCCCGGGCGCCUCUGCUGGGGGAGUGCACGCCUGCCUUAGUGCAGUCGCAGUGCCCGUGGAAGGUCAGGUGACAUUCAGGUCCUUCCUUCAGUCCAAGGCCAGCUGUCCUGUCACUUUCAGAAAGGCACACCUGUGGCUUGCAGGGAGGGGUCAGUCCUGUCCCUGCAGGUGACCGGAAUCCUGAUGGAGCCACUGGCGGAUACUCAGCCACCCUACCCAUCCCCCAGCUCCCCUCCCCCAGGGCUGCAAAGUGUCUUAGAGUGGCCCUGUGAGUGGGGGCACAUUCAUGGCACUCAGAAGGCAAAGGAACCCCCCCACCCAUAUGGCCCUGGGGUGGGUGGGGGGGAACAUGAAAAAAAUAAGAAACCUCAUUCUCCAGCUUGUCUGCAAAGCACGUGACUUCCGACAUUCACUCUUGGUGGGUCCCUGCACUUCCCCCUGGGGCUAAGCUGAUGAUCCUACUCCCUGUAGAGGAAUGGUUUGCCCGAGCAGAGUAACCCAUUGAACAAGGCUCUGUCAUUUCCCCAGAGGGGGCCCCCAUCCUUAAGCCGCUGGGAAUGGCCAGAGAGGCCAGCGGCCUCUGUCAUCCUAGAUGCUAGACAGUCCUAGGAUAACCAAAAUCCUGCCCUUCACAGACCUCACAUGGAGACCCGAGCUUGGAAGAAAGGGAGGUCUUGGGAUCACGCCGGCCUCAGGUUCAUGUUUUGCCCCAGUGAUUCCUUGCCCCGAAAGGGGUAGACUUCCAAGCAUGGCGAGCGUGGCUCCUGGCUUCUUCCUGCAGCCAACCCCAUCACUGCCCAUCCCUGCGGUGGCUUUGGGUGUGGGGUGUGUGGAAAGUGAAGGGGUAGGCUCUCCCCUCCAGAGCCCCCGAGUGUUCUGGCUGGAAGGAUGCCUAAUUUAGCUAUUACGGGAAGGGAAGGGAGGGGGUGGGGAUGCGUGUGGCAGUGCAUGGAGUGUGGUUUUUCUUCCCGCAAUCACGGGGACCAAGGGGAAAGGCACGUGUGUCACCCCCCAAAACAGUCUUUUGCCGCUGCAGGCACUGUGCACCCUGUCUAGAGCACUUCACGUCCCUGUGGCUACGUGGUUGCUGCUGCUGUAAAAAUAAAAGCAUUACCUGGGAA